AAUAAAAAACCCGGGUAUACGUUAUUACUCAUCUUGCUCAGAGUCUCAAUCCUCUCAUCCUCUCAACUGAACUCUCAAACUCUCCUCUCAUCCUCUCAACUGAACUCUCAAACUCUCAAUCUUGCUGACUUGCUGUCGCCGCCACUCGCCGGCCGUCAGGGUUGCUGUUUAGGGUUGCUGUCGCGGCCUCACGGGGUUGCUGUUUAGGGUUGUUGUUUAGGGUUGCAAGCACAACCACCAUUGCUAGCGCCAAUUCGAACCAUGCAAGCAUCAAUCGGCCACCGCUGCCCUCCGUCGGAAAUCGGCGUCAUUAGAACCAAGCACAACCACCAUCGCCGCCGCCGUCAAUUUGAACCAAAUACAACAACAACAACAAAAUUGAAUCAAUUAUCGAUUCAAAAAUCACAAAUACGAGGUUUAUGCAGUUAGGUGUUGGCGUUGUGGGUUGCGGCAGGUUGUAGUGAAGGCUCAAUUAAAAUGAGCAAAAUCCCCUCUUGGCUUACCACAUUUGCACCAGCAGAUUCCCUCCUUCUGAAAGAGGAAGCCUGGAAUGCAUAUCCCAAAUGCAAAUCAGUGAUUAAGUGUUCAAGCUUGAGCAAGCUGCUUCUUACUAUUGAUACGAUUCACGUUGCAGAUAAUGGAAAAUCAGAAAAUGUACACGGUCUAAACAAAGAUCAGCUGGCAUCGAGGCAGGUGGAAGUUAUUGAUAUUGCAUCAUCUGUAAGGGACUAUUGGAGCUAUUUGGUUGGUAGCUGUAAUGUCGAUUUGUCCAAAUUCAAAUCAACAAGGACCAAUCGUGGACCUUUGGUGGAAGGCUGGAGAGUAAGCACUUAUUGGGCUUUGUUUGGUGUGUGUUUGCAUUGGUGAAGUCAGGUACUGGUCUGCUGUUUCAAUGGCUGGGGGCUGUGGUGCUGGUGGCCUGCUGGGUUCGUUUUGCUGCUACUGUCCCUGUUUUUUCUGCCUUGCUGUAGCUGUCCUAUUGGUUUUUGCUUCUGACGGCUGAGCCUGUGUUGUGGUGCUGCUGAUGGUGUCUGUUUACUGCUACUGGUUUCUGUUUGUUGUUGCUGCUACUGCAUAAACAAAGACGAAUAGGAAGAUUUUGUUGAGAAUUCUCCGUCCUUGGUGAUCUUCCAGUAAACAAAAUCAUCUUUAUAUCAUCGUUGUAUUAUAUGAGUUGAUGAAGACUUUGUAGUAGUGUAGUCAAUAAGUGCUAAUCUCGUUCUCAUAGUAUUGGGGUUGUUCUUAGGGUAAGCUAAGGUUGUACCAAUAUUUAACUAAACAUAAGGAUGGGAAAACUUGUUCUUACAAUCUAUUCGAAGAUUGAUUGAAGUGUCAAUGAUAAUGCAAAAUUGUAUGGCCAUAGCAUAAUAAUCA